UGUACCAACAUUAACAAAUCAACAAUAACAAAAACAAAGUCUCCAGAAAAAAUGGCUGCACCAUUUCUUCUUCCUCAAAUUCACAUUGCUAAUGCUUCAUGUUCCAUUUUGGUGCUUCUUGCACUCUUUGUCACAACAUCCAUGAGUUCUGAUAUAUUCCUUGAUUGGAAUGUUUCCUAUGAUUUCAAUGUUAAGCCAGUUUCCACUGAUCAACCGGUUAUAAUGAUCAAUGACAUGUUCCCUGGACCUCUUAUAAAUGCUUCAACAAAUGAUAUUGUUCAUGUCAAUGUUUUCAAUUAUUUGGAUGAACCCUUGCUCUUUACAUGGAAUGGCAUAGAGCAAAGGCUAAAUUCAUGGCAAGAUGGAGUGUCUGGUACAAACUGCCCUAUCCAACCUAGCAAGAACUGGACUUAUGUUUUCCCAAUCAAAGACCAAAUCGGAACAUUCUCCUACUUCCCUUCCAUCAAUUUCCUCAAAGCUGCCGGAGGGUUCGGUCCAAUUCGAGUCAACAACCUUCCAUUUAUAAGUGCUCCUUUCCCAAAACCUGAAGCUGAGUUUGAUCUUUUAAUUGGUGAUUGGUACAACAGUAGCUAUAAGGAUAUCAGGUCCAAAUUGAAUAUAUCUGAUGUUAUUUCUCCUAAUUGGAUGCUAAUAAAUGGAAAAGGACCAUAUCUGAACCCUGUUUCAAAAUCAUAUGAGACCUUGAAUGUUACACAAGGUAAAACAUAUCUGCUUAGGAUAUCAAAUGUAGGGACAUUUUGGAGCUUCAAUUUCAGGAUUCAGAACCAUGAUAUGGUUUUGGUUGAAACUGAAGGAUCUUAUGUUAAUCAACUAACAUUGAAGUCUCUUGAUGUUCAUGUUGGCCAAUCCUACUCUGUCCUUGUCACUGCAAACCAAGAUUCUUCUGCUGAAUACUACAUGGUCGCGUCGCCUAAACUGCUUCGCGACACAACAAAUCCUAGCUCGCUCGUUGGUGUCGCCAUACUUCACUAUGAUAACUCAACCAUAAAGCCUAAUGGACCUCUUCCUAAGGGUCCAGAUCCUUUUGAUCUAGAAUUUUCCAUCAAUCAAGCAAAAUCUAUUAGGUGGAAUCUUAGCACCGGUGCGGCCAGGCCUAAUCCACAGGGAACCUUCAACGUUACAAAUGUGACAAUAGUAGAGACUUUCAUUCUAAAGGCAUCGAUGGCGAAGAUAAACCAUUCUUCUUCGCCUCGCUAUGCUGUAAACAAUGUGUCUUACUUAACACCGGAUACACCAUUGAAGCUUGCUGAUUUUCUUGUCAAUGGUUCUGGAGUGUAUGUUCUGGACGCUUUUCCCAUUAACACUUCAAAUACCAAUGCUGUGAGUGGAGUUUUCGUGGCCAGCGCCAUAUAUAAAGGGUGGACAGAGAUAGUGAUCAAGAACACCUUGGACACCAUUGAUUCUUGGCAUUUGGAUGGAUAUAGCUUUUUUGUUGUUGGAAUGGGAGAAGGAGAAUGGAGAGCAGAAUCACGGUCAAGUUACAACUUGUAUGACCCCGUAGCGAGAUCAACGGUGCAGGUGUUCCCAGGAGGGUGGAGUGCAUUGUAUGUGUACCCUGAUAACCCUGGAAUGUGGAACUUGAGAUCACAGAACUUGAACAACUGGUUCUUGGGUGAAGAGCUCUAUGUUAGAGUUUAUGAUCCUGAUCCUAACCCUGCCAAAGAGAAGUCACCGCCACAAAAUCUCCUACGAUGUGGGAAGUUUCAGCCACCAAGUCCAGCUCCGUCAGUGGCACCAACACCAUCCCCAUCAUCCAACGCAAACACUCCACAUACACCAAGGUCUCUUUUUGCUAUCAUCACCACUGCCAUAUGUUUCUUCUUCAUUGGUCUCCAUUGAGAAGGAAUGGAACACUAUACUACACUACACUACUAUUUUCUACUUAAUUUGUUACAUCAAGAACUGAAAGCUAUAUAUUCACUACAUCUUUUCCCCUUGUUUUUUAGCACGUAAAUAGGGUCAAGAAUGAUAGCUAGAUUGACAAAUAUUGGUUACUUAUAUUUUAAAUACUACUUCAAUAUCUUGUUGCAAUUUUAAUGUUCCAAUGCAUAUACAAAUCAAGAUUUUCUGUAGUGUCAUAUUUCGGCCACGCUUGAUAAUGUUGUUUUUGCUUAAUCUCAAACAUGCAAGAAUAGGGCAUCUUGAUUGGCAUAUUAGUAGCAAACAUUUCACACACAACUACUUAA